AUGACGGCCAGAUCGCUGCCGUCCUUCUGCCUCCACCGGAUCAGGUCCGGCAGGACCGCCGCCGCACCGCCACCGAUAUGCGCCAAGGACGAGAAUGGCGACGAUGCCAAGGCGGAGGAGAAGGAGAAAGGCUGUGGUGCUGUUGCCAUAGGGAGGAAGGUGAUGGUGGUGGCUGAUGGCGGUGGCGACGAGGCCCGGACGGCGCUGCAAUGGGCGCUCUCUCACUCAGUGCGGCCCUCCGAUACAGUGGUCCUCCUCGACGUCGUCCGGAGCACUGGCAAGAACCGAGAUGAUCUAAGAGGGUAUCAGCCAUUGGAGGCCAUGAGGAGCAUUUGUCAGGCUAAGAGACCAGAGGUACGCAUCGAGCUUUCCCUUGUGGAAGGGAAGGAACGGGGGCCGACGAUAGUAGAGGCAGCAAGGAAGCAGGGUGUGUCGCUCCUCGUCAUGGGGCAGAAGAAGCGGUCGAUGACAUGGAGGCUACUAUCGAUGUGGAUGGCUGGAGGAAAAGGAACAGGGGGCAACACCGUCGAGUACUGCGUGCAGCACGCGACGUGCAUGGCGCUGGGCAUACGGAGGAAGAGUCGCAGAGGGGGAGGGUACCUCAUCACCACCAGGCGGCAGAGAGAUUUCUGGCUCCUAGCUUGAGGCUUCCUUCCUCUGGACCUUGUGAUGUGCGACCCAUAGGUGUUUACAUAGUGGGAUAGGGA